UAUCUUGCGUGCUGAAGAAGUCGGUGGUCACCUUUAUAAAAUCCAAAACCUUGAGCCCUGAUAUUCACAAAUCACGAUCUCUCCGAUCCAAAUCGAUUGAAGCGACUAGAAAUCUCUCGCAAGAUGCAGAUAUUUGUGAAAACCCUCACUGGCAAGACAAUCACUCUUGAAGUAGAAAGCUCAGAUACCAUUGACAAUGUCAAAACCAAGAUCCAAGACAAGGAGGGAAUCCCUCCGGAUCAGCAAAGACUCAUCUUUGCUGGCAAACAGCUUGAAGAUGGCAGGACCCUUGCAGAUUACAAUAUUCAGAAAGAGUCCACUCUCCAUUUGGUGCUGAGGCUGCGUGGUGGAAUGCAGAUUUUUGUGAAAACUCUCACUGGGAAAACCAUAACCUUGGAAGUUGAAAGUUCAGAUACUAUUGACAACGUCAAGGCCAAGAUCCAGGACAAGGAGGGUAUUCCCCCAGACCAGCAGAGGUUGAUUUUUGCUGGGAAACAGCUUGAGGAUGGAAGGACCCUUGCUGACUACAACAUCCAGAAAGAGUCCACUCUUCAUUUGGUUCUUCGCCUGCGCGGUGGUAUGCAAAUUUUUGUUAAGACUCUCACUGGAAAAACCAUAACCUUGGAGGUGGAAAGUUCGGAUACCAUUGAUAAUGUCAAGGCGAAGAUCCAGGACAAGGAGGGUAUCCCACCAGACCAGCAAAGGUUGAUCUUUGCUGGAAAGCAACUUGAGGAUGGUCGCACCUUAGCUGAUUACAAUAUCCAGAAGGAGUCUACCCUUCACCUGGUACUCCGUCUUCGUGGUGGUAUGCAAAUCUUUGUCAAGACCCUUACUGGAAAGACCAUCACCCUUGAGGUCGAAAGUUCGGAUACCAUUGACAAUGUCAAGGCAAAGAUCCAGGACAAGGAGGGAAUCCCACCAGACCAGCAAAGAUUGAUUUUUGCAGGCAAACAGCUUGAGGAUGGAAGGACUCUGGCUGAUUAUAAUAUUCAGAAGGAGUCUACUUUACACUUGGUGCUGAGGCUGCGUGGUGGGAUGCAGAUUUUUGUGAAGACCUUGACUGGGAAAACCAUCACAUUGGAGGUGGAGAGUUCAGACACAAUUGAUAAUGUAAAAACCAAGAUCCAGGACAAAGAGGGGAUUCCGCCGGACCAGCAGAGAUUGAUUUUCGCUGGGAAGCAACUGGAGGAUGGGCGCACUCUUGCCGAUUACAAUAUUCAGAAGGAAUCAACCCUGCAUCUUGUUCUCCGCCUCCGCGGUGGUUUCUAACUUGGAUGGGAGUUCUGAGGUCUCUUCAUCUGUUUUAAUGUCCUUUCUGGCCUAAGAUAGUUUUAUGUCCCCGUUAUGCCCUAUUAACAAUGGUUUGAUUUUAAUGCUUGUUCCAUGUUGGGUCGCCAACUCGCCAUGGUGUCACACUGUCAUGGCUUGUUGGGUGUUUAAAAUAGCUUCUCUUGUUAUUUUCGGAUGGUUAUGCUAUAAUAUUGUUUUGUUUUUAAUUUC